AUGACUGCUGAGACUGAUAUAUCUAAGACAUUUAAUUCUGUAUCAGAAAAAUUGGAAAUCCCCACUAAGUCCACCUUAGAAUCUACUAAUAACACAAGCGACAUGAGUGUACAACAAGCUAUCCCACCUGCUCCAUAUCAAAUUGAUCCCUCGAUCAUUGGCAAAUUUGAUAAAGAGUAUGUCAACUUUUUCAACAGUCAUUUGACCAGAGCCACUAAUCUUUUGUAUACCCACUUGGGUAAUUUACAAGAGAUCAAGGCUGGUGGUAAUGUGAUCCCUGGUCAAAGUCCUUUGGCCCCACUGAAAUCCACCUAUGAUAUUCAGAUUCCUAGAAAAUACACCAAAGCUGAUACUACUAUCCCGGCUAGAGUUUUUGUUCCUGUUGGUGAAGCCCCCGAGAAAGGAUGGCCCUGCACUGUCUGGUACCAUGGAGGUGGUUGGGUAUUAGGCAGUAUUGACACUGAGAACUCAUACUGUUCACAUAUUGCUGAUAAUGCCAAGUGCAUUGUGAUCUCGGUGGAUUAUCGACUUGCUCCUGAGUUCCCAUUCCCCGCCUGCAUUGACGAUUCCUACGAGGCUCUGUUACAUAUCUAUGAGAACGCAUCCAAGUUCAAUAUCGAUAAUUCCAAGAUUGCUGUCGCUGGUUCGUCUGCUGGCGGUAAUAUCAGCGCUGUUCUGACCCACAAGUAUGCUUCUGACCCAAUAAGCAAGUCGUAUCACCCAUUAGCAUUCCAAUUGCUGAUUGUUCCAGUAUGUGAUAAUACUGCUGACAGUGAUACUCAUCUGUCAUACAAGGAGUUCAGAAACACCGUACAAUUGCCCCGAGACAAGAUGUUCUGGUACAGGAACCUGUACUUGCCUAACAAAGAGGACUGGAACAACCCAGUUGCCAGUCCAUAUUUCUACCCUGCUGAAAGCUUCAAGAACUGUCCACCUGCCUUCAUUGCAGUGGCUGCUUGUGAUGUCCUCCGUACCGAAGGUGAGGAAUACGCUGCCAAACUCCAAGAAGCAGGUGUCGACGCCGAACUGGUCAUCUACCCAGGAGUCCCUCACACUGUCAUGGUCAUGGACGACGUCCUGACCCAGGGCCGCCGUCUCGUCAAAGAAACCACCGGUGCUCUCAAAAACGCCUUUUACAACAACUAA